AUGAAGCUCGCAGUCGCGCAAUACGCCACGCGCGAAACCUUGGCCAAGACCAUGGAGCUCCUCGAGCGCGUAACAAAGGAGGCCGCCGCCGCCGACGGCGUAGAUCUCCUCCUCUUCCCCGAGGCCUUCCUGGGCGGGUAUCCGCGGACGUGCAAUUUCGGGGUUGCAGUGGGCUCGCGCAGCGAGCACGGGAGAGACCAAUAUUGGAAGUAUUGGCAGCAGUGUGUGGACCUGGGGGACUCGUGUCCCGAUGGGACGGGUGUGUAUCGGGAGGGGGCGGGGGACGGGACGAGGGAGAGAUUGGAGAAGGCGGCGAGGGAGACGGAUGUGUUUUUAGUUGUGGGGGUGGUGGAGAAGUGUGGGGGCACCUUGUAUUGUGCGUGUGUGUUUGUGGAUCCUAAGAACGGGGUGGUGGGGAAGAGGAGGAAGGUUAUGCCGACAGGUGCGGAGAGGGUGGUUUGGGGGGUGGGAUCGCCGAAAACAUUGAAGGCUGUAGAGGCAAUGCUCUGCUACGAGAAGGUGACGCUGGGUGCGGCAAUUUGCUGGGAGAAUUAUAUGCCACUUCUCCGCGCAUCGCUGUAUGCGCAGGGCGUAACAAUAUACCUCGCACCCACUGCUGACGCCCGAGAGUCGUGGAUGGGCACUAUGCGUCACAUCGCAAUGGAAGGACGCUGCUUCGUGCUAACCUGCAAUCAAAGGAGGUGA